GUCACGUUUGCGCCAUCUUUUCGGGGUCGGAGGGCCAGGUGUUGGCCUCCUGGAUGUCACUCGUCGGGGCAGUGCAGCCAUGCGCAUCAAGCAGGUCCUCAUCCGGGGCUUCAAGACCUACAAGGAUCAGGUGAGCCUGAACGAGGAUUUUCACCCUGGAGUUAAUGUCAUCGUUGGUUUCAAUGGCUCGGGGAAGAGCAACCUUUUCAACGCCAUCCUUUUCGUGAUCUCUGACCACUUCGGCAGCUUGCGGCAGGAGACACGCCGGUCGCUGCUGCACGAGGGCGCAGGCCCCGCAGUGCUCACGGCCUUUGUCGAGAUCGCCUUCGACAACACCGACCGGCGCAUGCCGAUCGACCGCGACGAGGUCCGCGUGCGCCGGACGAUCGGCGCCAAGAAGGACGACUACUCUCUGGACGGCAAGUCCGCCACGCGGAACGAGGUCUUCAACCUCCUCGAGUCCUGCGGCUUCACGAAGUCCAACCCCUACUACAUCGUUCAGCAGGGCAAGGUGGCAGAGCUGACGCUCAUGGACGACCGGCGGCGCCUCGAGCUGCUGAAGGAGAUUUCCGGCGCCGGGGUCUACGACGAGCGGCGGGGGGAGUCGGUGAAGCUCCUUCAGGAGACUGCCGUGCGGCGCAAGAAGACGGAGGAGAUCAUUGAGGCGGUGGCGGGCCGCAUCAAGAGCCUGGAGGAGGAGCAGCGGGAGCUGGUGGAGUACCAGCAGCUGGAGAAGCAGCGGCGGUGCCUAGAGUACGAGCUCACGGACCGCGACUGGCGCACCGCCCAGGAGCGGAUCGAGAAUUUGGAGGUGGAGAAGCGGGAGGUGGCCGAGCAGGUCCACAAGGCCCAGCGGGACGCCACGGAGCAGCGCGCCAAACUCGAGGAGGCGGAGGCGGAGGCCCUGCGCGCCAACACGGAGAAGCAGAGACUCACGGCGGAGCACGAAGAGGCGGAGCGGGCGAGGGCCCGGCAGAUGGAGGAGCUGACCCGCGCCAAGCUGGAGCUGGCGGACGAGCAGAUGCGAUCCAAGGACGCCAGCAAGUCCCAGGACGAGCUCCGGACCGAGGCGAAUCGCCUCUCUGCGGAGAGCGAGCAGAUCAUUUCUGAGAUGGCCAAACAGAAGCCCGCUCUCGAGAAGGAGAGCCACAGGAAGGCGGAGCUACUGCGGAAGAAGCAGAUCUGCGAGGCGCAGAGGGGGCAGCUCUUCGCAAAGCAAGGGCGGGGCUCGCAGUACAGCAGCGUGGCGCAGCGGAACAAGGCGCUGCGGGAGGAGGUGGCGCAACGCACGGUGCGGCGGGACAAAGCGGUCUCGGAGCUGUCGGAGACAGAGCAGGCGCUGAAGCAGGCACAGGCGGCCACCGGGAAAGCUCGCGAAGCCGCGAAGAAGAACCGGGGGGAGAUGCUGCAGCUGGAGAAGGAUCUUAGCGAGCGCAUCUCGCAGGAGCUGCGGAAGGUGUCGGACCGCCUGGAGGGCUACACCGAGAAGCGCCGGGCCCUGCUGCAGGACAGGGAGAAGAAGACCAAGGAGAAGGACGAAGCGGAGCGCCAGGUGUCGAUGCUUACCAGCAAGAUCGAGGGCACCAUGCCGCGGCCACAGCGCAACGCCCUGAACGAGGUGAGAAGUUGGGUUGUGAAGCAGGGCCUGGAGAAGGACGUCUACGGCACCCUGCUGGAGAACAUUGAGGUGCCGGCCGCUUACUGCAUCGCGGCCGAGAGCACGGCCGGGAGCGCCGUCUUCAAUUUGCUGGUCAAGGAUGACAGCAUCGCUGGGCAGAUUGUCUCACUGGUGCGCAAGGGCAGUUUGGGCAGCAUCGUGUGCACGCCGCUGAACCAGCUGGAGGUGAAGCCGCGACAGUAUCCGAAGAUCUCCGGAGUGAAGCCGCUGGUCGACAUCAUCAGCUGCCCCAAAUGGGCCUUUCCUGCGGUUCAGCAGGUCUUUGGCAGGACUGUGGUGUGCUCCACCCUGGAGUUGUGUGAUGAGGUGAGUCGAAAGCAUGGCCUGGAUGCCAUAACCCUGGAAGGGGACAAGGUCAGCAGCAGGGGCACUCUGACUGGAGGCUUCCAGGACCCCGCCCGCUUCGUGCGGCUGUCCCAGGCUCAGAAGCUGCGUGCGGCCAAGGACAAGGUUGAAGCAAUCCGGCCCAGACUUGUGCAGAUCGAGCAAGAGGCUGAGGCUGCCUACAGCCAGCUGGACGAGCUGCACAGCAAGCGCCGGGAGCUGCAGGAGGACCGAGGCUCCAGGCGGACGGCGCUAAUUGCGGCCAGCGAGGCGGUGGAGGACGCGGAAGGCCGGGCAGCUCGCCAGGAGGAGCUUGUGCGUCAAAACCAGGAGCGCUGUGCUGAGCUGCAGAGUCACAUCGCCCAGUACGAGGCGGCCAUUGCGGCGAUGGAGUCGGAGAUGAAGAGCAAGACCUUGGGCGAGUUGACCGCGGAGGAGGAGUUGCAGCUGAAGCAGCUGGGGGAGGAGAGCUCCAAAAUCUCGAGAAGUCGCUCACAGCCAGCGCCGCCGCCUGCCAUAAGCUGCAGCGGGAGAUCCAAGGAAAGGAGCAGCACCUCAAGGACUUCCUGCGGAAGCGGCUGCAUGAGCUCGAGGUGGAGCUGCGGAGAGACGUGCCAGGAGACCAUGAGGACCGUGUGCGCGAGCGCAGCAAGGUGGUGGACCGUUUGCAGCGGGCGCAGAAGGAGAGCGAGGCGAGUCUCCAGGAGAGGGCACUGGCCCAGGCGAGAAAAGAGGCGGAGCGUCUCCAGGCUGAGGACCAGAAGUUUCAGACGAUCCUGA